GCCCGGUCACGUGCUCCCCCUUGACCGGCGUGCGCGGCGGUGGCGCGUGCAGGAGGAAGAAAUCAUGGCUGGGCUUUUGAGGUCGGCUUUCCGGCUCCGCUCGUGUCUUCUCCACGUGAGAGCGGGGCGCUGCCUCAGGACCACUGCCUGGUCGCCGGCGCCGCUUUCCUCGUCACAGGCCGCGGCCUCCCGCGGCGGCAACACCAGGCAUUUACUCUACCAAACAAGACUUUUUACAGUUGCAACCGAAAAGAAGGAAGUUACUCAAGAGCAACCAGUCCCAGCUAUUCAAGCAACCAGAGCACAGCCAUUUGAUUGGGCCUUGAAUAAACUGGAAAAUUCAAUCAGACGAACAGGGCGUAUUACAAAACAUAUUGUAUUAGGGAUAUUUCGUGAGGUGUGCAGUUCAGGUAAUCCAAGUGGAAACCAGGCGCUGCUGCUGUUGAGAACCUGUGGUUUGUUAUUGCCUGAGCAAACUCCAGCUGAAAGGACAGAACUUGCCCAUACCAUAUGGACCAAACUGAAAGAACUGGGUAUCACCUAUGAUAUAAGCCAUUAUAAUGCAUUGCUAAAGGUUUACCUUGAGAAUGAACAUGAAUUCUCUCCAACUGAAUUCUUAAAAAAAAUUGAGGAAGCUAAUAUUCAACCCAAUCGAGUCACGUAUCAGAGACUGAUUGCAGCCUGUUGCAAUAAGGGUGAUAUCGAUAGUGCCAGCAAUAUUCUUAGUUUCAUGAAAAUUAAAGACCUCCCAAUUACCGAGUCUGUAUUCAGUGCUCUUGUGACGGGCCAUUCGAGAGCUGGAGAUAUGCAAAAUGCAGAAAAUAUUAUUUCUGUUAUGAAAAGUACUGGAAUUGAACCUGGUCCAGAUACAUAUGUUGCCUUGUUGAAUGCCUAUGCCCGGAAAGGUGACAUAGAUAAAAUUGAAAAGACCUUGGAAACUCUUUCAAAGGAUGGCUGUUGCCUUACAGACAAAGACUUGAUGGAUAUCAUUUUUACUCUUGCUAAGGCGGGAUAUCCUCAAUAUGUAGAAAAUAUUCUGAAGAAUAUGAGAUGCGAUGAGCAUUUUAUUCCAGACUGUAUGAAUCUUAGUCUUCAUUUAAUUACGCACCAGUUGGAAGAUACAGCUGUUCAACUUCUGAAACCAUUUUUUCGGUUAUCAUUGGAUGCCCAGAAUGGAACUAACAUUGAGCAUGGUGGCUUCUUACUACAGCAUUGUAUAAAUUUGGAUAUGCCUAUAGCUAAGUUGAAAUAUAUUUGUGACAAAGUGAAAGAAAUCAACCUCCAUUCUGCACCUCUGCAGUCUUGUCUUCGGUGGGCACUUCAGACAAAUAAAACUGCUCAGGCCUUUUCCCUGUUGAAGACUAUGAAAGAAGAAGGUUUGCCCAUCAGACUCCAUUAUUUCUGGCCAUUGCUGGCUUGGCACCAGAAAGAAAAAAAUCUUCAAGGUGCAGUUGAGGUUCUCAAAGUAAUGCAUGAAAUGGAUGUAGUGGCUGAUGAGAACACAUAUAGCAACUAUGUUUUAUCACAUUUUGAUGAUGACGUCAGCUCUGCAGGCCGUCGGCUACAGGAAAUGGGCUGUCCUAUUGGCGUUAAGGAACUCUCUCUAGGCCAAAUCAUGUAUGAAGGUACUGAAGGACGUUUGGACAAAGUUUUAGCAAUAUUGUCUUCCCCAAAUAUGCCAGCUAUGGAUUGCACAGAAUUCAGAAGAUCUCUAAUCUUGGGAUUCAAGGCGUCCAAUGAUGUAGCUCUUUGGAGCAAGAUAACAGAACUGUUGUACAAAGAUGGACGUUAUUGCCAGACAUCUUCAGGACCAACUGAAAGUGUUGGCUAUUUCCUUUAUAACUUGAUUGACAACAUGAGUGACUCAGAGGUACAGGCCAAGGAGGAGCAGUUGAGACAAUACUUCCAUCAGCUGAAGGAGAUGGACAUUGAAAUAACUCCUAACAUCUUCAGAGGUAUUCAGAAACUUCUGAUCAGCUACGAUGUUCAUGCAUUAAUCAAGGAUGUAGCAGCAUUGACCCACAGAACAGACGAUUGGAAAGUAUAUAGAUUGAAAAAACUUGAAGAACUAAAAGCUCAGGACAAACCCAUUGAAGAAAACUUGAAAUUGUUCAUAAGGACUCUGUUUUCAGAAGAGGAUUUAGAAAAAGCUCUUGAAGUGAAAGCCAAAUUCAAAUCGGACCUAGAUGUUGGUAGCUAUUGCUCCUUAAUGCGUUUAUGCUGUCGACAUGAUAAGGCAGAGGAAGCAAUGAACCUGAAAGAAGAACUCUCCCAGAAAUACCCAUCUGCAGUUAUGACCUCACAGAGCUACUUAGCCUUGGUGAAAGUUUUGGCGAAAUGUGGCCGAGUGGAUGAUGCUAUUAACAUUUUAAAGGAGAUGAAAGAGAAGGAUGUCCGUAUGCAAGAUGAAACUGCCGUAUCCUUUUUCCACAUCCUUAAUGGUAUAGCCCUACAAGGAGAAGUUGAAAGUGUGACUCGACUACAUGAAACCAUUGUAUCCCUAGGUUUCUCGAAGCCUACUGCACAAUUGUGUGGUCCCCUUAUUACUGUUCACUUAAAAAAGGAUGACUUAUCAGCAGCCCUUGAAGCUGUGAUGGAUUGCUAUAAGAAUUAUGGCGUAUUCCCUAGAUUUCAUUUAGUCUUGUGCAAGUUAGUAGAGAAUGGACAUACGGAAUUGUUGCAGAAAGCUGUGGACUUCAUGAGCCAGGAGAGAGGUGAAAUGAUGAUGCUCUACGAACUCUUCUUUGCUUUCUUGAUCACUGGCAAAUACAAAGAAGCCAAGAAGAUCAUUGAGACACAGGGCCUCAGAGCUCAACCAUCCCGUUUGCAGUGGUUUGCAGAGAAGUGUAUUACAAAUAAUCUGGUUGACUGUCUGGAAAAUAUGGUACAACUGACUCAAAAUCUAUUUGACUGUGAUAGAGAUGAAAUGUAUUACUAUUUGUUGAGAUCAUGCCAAGAAAACAAUGACUGGCAAAAGGCUGAUGCUGUUUGGACUAAAAUGCAGGAUGAAAAUAUUAUUCCACGUGAACGAACACUGAGGCUAAUAGCAGAUAUUCUUAAAAGUAAUAACCAGGAAGUUCCAUUUGAUGUGCCUGAGACUUCUCUUGAUGAGCUUACCCAGAUGUCACCUUCAUCACUUACUGCAGCACCUGAUGACCUUUGUCCAGAACUAAUUAGGUUGAUCAGGAAUAAGAAAGAGAAAGAGGCAUUCAGUAUUUUACUAGACGCAGACAAGAAUAAUAUUGUGUUUCCUAGUCAUGUUUAUUCCGAUCUUACAAAAGGAUUGCUGGGAAAUGGUUAUCUUGAAAACGCAAUGGAAGUUCAAAAGAUCGCUGAGACCCACAUCAAGGGCUUCGUGCUGAACGAUGUUGCCAGCAGCCGCCUCAUCAUAGCACAAGUUAGGCGGGAUUAUUUGAAAGAUGCAAUGUUGACUUUCAAGAAGAUGGUUGAAAGUGGUGGGGUACCCACUUCAUUGUCGGUUACUCAACUUGUUCAAGCUUUGGCUGAGAAGGGGGAUCUGGAGAGCAUACGCACAGUUGAAAAGAUGAUUAAAAACUUGCAUAAAGCUAUAAAUCUGCCAUCUAUGCUUUUCGUCAGUAACACAGUGUUGGCUCACAUCAACAGUAAUAACGUUGAUGGUGCUGUAGAAUACCUUGAACAUCUGUUUACUUCUGGAGAGAUACAGGCAAAAAGUUCCAUUGCCUUUGUAUAUAGAAGACUAAUAGACAACAAAUCAGAAACAGCUUUGGAAAGAUUGAGUGCCAUGGCUGAACGAUUGGCCAAUCAGUUUGGAAUUUAUAGGCCUGCCACAGAUCUUUUUGUUGAGUAUAUAAAUGGAAGAAGAAUGGAAGAUGCCAGACAUCUUCUACAGAGAUGCAGUGCAAUAAGUGAACAAAAGAACAUUCUGAUUGGUUUCCUUCGUGAGGCAGCCAAAAAAGCAGGACAGGUUCAUAAAAUCAAGGCGUUAGUGGAUUGUGUUCCUGAUUUGGAUAAGAACAUUGUUUCCUUUUACCUCUUGAAAUCCUAUGCUAAAGAUAUGGAUGUGGCUUCAGCAAAAGCUUUAUAUGAGAAAAUGAAAGAGGAUAACUUCCAGCCUGAUGAGUUGUUCCUGAAACGUUACGCAGCUUUGCUACAGGAAGUGGGAGAGCCUGUUCCUUUCAAUAUACCCCCUGAGUCCUUCAAAUUCUAUGUAGAAAAGAUAAAGAAGGAACGCAAGGAAUACUCAUCAGAUGAAGAUUAACUUCUUAGAUACUUUACAUGCUGUUAAUGUUGUUGUAAUUGUGAACAGACUUUUGCAUAUUGUAUUAUUUGUGGAGAGAAGAAAAAUAAUAUUAAAAAUAGGACUUUUCAUUGUAAAAUAACUGACUUGUAUAAAAUUAUCUUUUGAAGCAGUUUGAAAAGGCUUAAUUACAAAUAAGGAUAUUUGCAAAUUGUCCACACACCCGUGUUGCUGUCCUCUGCAUCCGCAUUCCCACCCAUGAGUAGCUGCAGUUCUGUGCCAAUCAGGCAUUCUGUUCACAAAAGAAAAGUGAAUUAUGUGUUUUAAAAUUAGAAUAUCUUCAUUUAAAAAAUGGAA